UUCCUACUAUAACUAACCAUUUACACAAGCAUUCCCCUCCUGGAAUAUUGUAGUUAGAAAAAUCUAAUUAAUUAAAAUGACAUCCUCUCUUUAUCUUCCUAACUAUAUAUAAAUACAUGGUACCAACCUUUCUGCCAACAUCUUAAUAUUUCCAAACCAAGUGAUUAACUCUCUCCAAGCUUCAAUUAUACACAUUAUCCACAUUCCUUUCUUUAUACAAAACUUUGAUCCACAAAAUCUUCAUUAAAUUUCCUUUUCUCUUUCAUUCCUUGAAUCUCCUUUCUUUUUUUAUUAGUUAAUUUCCUUUGAAUCAUGGGUUUGAGAGACAUAGGAGCUUCACUACCUCCUGGAUUUCGGUUUUAUCCAAGUGAUGAGGAAUUGGUUUGUCACUAUCUUUACAAAAAGAUCACAAAUGAGGAAGUUCUUAAGGGUACUUUGAUUGAAAUUGACCUUCACAUAUGUGAACCAUGGCAACUUCCAGAGGUGGCAAAGCUUAAUGCAAAUGAAUGGUAUUUCUUUAGCUUCCGGGACCGCAAAUAUGCAACUGGAUUUAGAACAAACAGAGCAACUAUAUCUGGGUAUUGGAAAGCAACUGGGAAAGAUCGUAUGGUGUUAGAUCCAAUCACACAAGAGGUUGUAGGGAUGAGGAAGACAUUGGUGUUCUAUAGGAAUAGAGCUCCAAAUGGUAUCAAAACAGGGUGGAUUAUGCAUGAAUUUCGCUUAGAGACACCACACAUGCCUCCUAAGGAGGACUGGGUAUUGUGUAGAGUCUUUCACAAAAGCAAAGAAGAGAACAACAACAACAAUAAUAGUUCCAAACUCAACACACAACAAUUCAUGUAUGAGACAACACCUCCAUCCCUAACUUUGAUGUCAUCAUCUCCAACAAAUUACCAAACCAUCCCUAGUGGCUAUAACAAACUUGAUUCUUUUUCUUCCCCCAUGACAACACUUCAUCAUUUAAAUCCAAACCAAAACAAUUCUUCCAUGAUGAAUCUCCUUCAAUAUUCACGUGAAACAAAUCCAAAUGAUAAUAGCACGGUUACUCAAAUUAGUUCCAAAGGUGAUGAUGGAUAUGGAUUCUUGUGGAACAUGGAUUUGGAAGAAAAUAGCCUAGAAGAUGGUGUGGCUUCAAACUUGGACGCAAUAAGAUUUGAGGUUGAUGAUGAUAAUGUGGUCUUACUAUAAAGAUAGAUAAUAAAACAUGCAUUCUACAUGUACAUAUAUAUUAUUAUUAUUAUAAGGUUCUUUGUGUCAUAUAUUCUCAAAUUUGAUUUAUUUGUGAAUGUAUUCAUUGUGUUUAGCUUUUAGUGGCAAAGGCACAUGCUAGAUUGGGAUUUGGUGUUUCAAGAUUGGGGUAUAUAUGUAAUAAGAGGAUAAUAUAGUGUGGUAAGUUAGUUAGACUUUUCGUAAUUACUAUGAUUUCCUAAGUAUAUUAUUUCCGGGGGGUAGGCCAUUAAUAAUAUCCUUUGUAUUGUCGAUUAAAUGAUUAAUAUUUGUAAUAGCAAUGCUUAUUUUUUGUGUUA